AUGGAUCCCUCGGAUUCUGACGCUUUUGGCUCGGUUACCUUUAUAUGGAGGAUGCUGGGCCUGCCACAGGAUGCACUCAACUCACUACACGUACCUUUGGAUGUCGAAUGCUUGCCAUCCUCCUUCAAGGUCGACGUCCUCGCACAAUCUACCAUCGCAUCGUCUGCGCUUGCUGCAGCUCUCUUUUGGUCCGUUCGGAAUGCUUCUCCGAUUCCUCAGGUUACAGUUCCAGCUGAGCACGCAUGCGUCGAGUUCAAAUCUGAGCGAUUGUAUGCUGUCAAUGGAAAGUCUGCAUUCCCACCUUGGGACUCUAUUGGUGGGUUUCAUAAAACAGCUGAUGGAUAUGUGAGAAUACAUGAUUCUUUUCCAAAUCAUCGUUGGAAUGCACUACAUGUCCUAGGACUUCCACUAGACGCAUCGAAGGAAGAGGUGGCUCAAAAAGUGCUGCAAUGGAGAGCUGUGGAACUGGAGGCCGAGGCUUUGCGCUGCGGAGCUGUCAUCGCUGCGCUAAGGUCUCUCGAGCAAUGGGACGCGUUAGCCCAAGCCAGGGCUAUUGCAGACUUCCCAAUCCUCAUGAAGCGAAUUGCAAAGUCUGAGUCGUAUAUGCCACCGACACCGAUAACAAAGGCAGUAAACAAGUGCCUUCAAGGUGUCCGCGUCGUAGAAAUGAGCCGAGUCAUAGCUGCGCCAGUCGCUGGAAAGACGUUAGCCGCGCACGGGGCCGACGUCAUCUGGAUCACAUCACCAUCCCUACCUGAUCUUCCUGAUCUCGACAUCGAUUUAUCCCGCGGCAAGCGCACGGUGCAAGUCGAUGUCAAAAAGGCUGAACAUAAGGCCAAGUUACUAGAUCUGCUCUCCACGGCCGACGUCUUUCUCCAGAGCUAUCGUCCUGGAAGCCUUGCUGCACAAGGUCUCUCCGCGGAAGAAUUGACAAACGCAAACCCAAAGCUGAUCGUUGCAAAUCUCAGUGCUUAUGGCCCUGAUGGUCCUUGGUCGAAGAAUCGCGGGUUUGACUCACUUGUGCAGACGUGCUCUGGUAUCAAUGUGGCAGAGGCCGAGCGCUAUGACGCCGACGAACCAAUGCGUGUCUUACCCUGUCAAGCGUUCGAUCAUGGUGCUGGUUAUCUUCUAGCAACUGGGAUCAUAGCUGCGUUAUACAAGCGUGCCAUUGAUGGAGGCGCCUAUGAGAUCAAUGUAUCGUUGGCUGGUGUCAUGAAAUAUAUGCGGUCUUUGGGCCGAUACGAUAGCAAAACUGGGUUUGAGCGUAAAGACUUCAAGAAGCCAGAGGACGUGAAACAGUAUCUGGAGCUGCGGCAAACGCAUUUCGGGAGUCUAGAAGCAGUAAAACAUGCCGCUCACAUUGAGGGCCUGUCAGUCGGGUGGGACAUCAUGCCAAAACAGUUGGGUAGUGAUACGGCGUGUUGGCGCUGA